GAAGAAGAAGAAGUUGAGGGCCACCCACAGUACUCUUAUUAGCUCACUGAAACAGAGAACAAAGUUCAGAAGACGCGCAUCAGCUUUGAAGAAUGAGCGGAGAAGCCCCAAAGCUCUUCACCAACAAACCCAAAAAAUCGAAGCUGAAGUCCUCUACACCAAUCACAAUGGCAUCUUCAUCGUCCUCGGGAGCUGCCGCCUCUGCUCCACCUCCACCUCCACCUCCGCCCCCUCCCCCUCCUCUUCCGCAGCCACAGAAGGAGUCGUUUAUUCGGCGCUAUAGGUUCCUCUGGCCACUUCUACUGGUCGUCAAUUUCACCAUUGGAGCGUACGUUCUUACGAGGACUAGAAAUAAAAGCACAGGCGCAUCAGAAUCAGAUACACCAGACAUUGCUUCUACCAGUUCGACAUCAACCUCUACUCCAGCUGGAGCUGCUGAUCCUGCUGUAAUCCCCGAAAAGCCAAUUGCAUCGCCAAUCACACCGCCCUUGCAGCGUGCACCAAUUCCAGAGGAACAACAGCGUGAACUGUUCAAAUGGAUGUUAGAAGAGAAGAGGAAAGUGAAUCCAAGAGAUGCCGAAGAGAAAAAACGCAUCGAUGAAGAGAAAGCCAUUCUCAAACAAUUCAUCCGCUCCAAGUCCAUCCCAACUCUCUGAUCUUCAACUAUCUGAUAAAUUUCUUACUCUGAUUACCUCCUCGUCCUCACAAAAAGUGUAACAUUAAGUCUACAUUUCAUUCUACAGAAUACGAGGAAUUGUUUAUAACGUUUGCUCGACUUUAGUAUUUCUUGAUGCAAGGAAAAGAACUAGUUGGUUCAUCUCCGCUUGACACAGUGAAUCUUUGAAGCAUGUUUCAUGACGUUUGAAUGCCGAAUGAAGCUUUGUCAUAGUUUGUAUUGAUCUCAAACUUCAAAUGGUUGAUCAAAUUCUGACAUUUCCUGUAAGUUUGAUUUGUAUUGA